AAAACGGGGUCAAAGAUGAUGAGAAGUCUUCGAGUCCAUCAGUACAUCGAUUUCCUUGGAGCGCGCUCGUCGACAAUCACGAGAAUGAUUGUUCGCCAUGGAACUACGUUAUGGGCGAUCGCGACGCUCGUUCUUCUCGCGAGCGUAUCACUUUCGGAAUCUGUAAAAGUGCGAAAACCACGAAGGAGGAUCACGACGAGAGCCCCGUAUCAACGGUCCAGGAUCGGCCCGGUGAUCAUAAGAGUGAUGCACAAAUAUCCUGACGACGGUUUCACGAGUGGUGCAUCGGUCGGUUGUACUGGCGAUAAUUGCAGAAAUACACACGAUAAAUUUAAUAUCGAUAUUAACGAAGCGAUAUCUGAGAAGGACAAUUUCCUCUCGGACGAGAAAUCGUUGCGUUACGUCGUGCAUCCGGAGAAAUACGAGCAUUUCGUGUUGAGAAAGAAUACAGGACACGCGAACAGAUACAAAAGGGACUCUUCGGGAUUACAUUCAUCGAAUGCAAGCGAUCAUGCAGUGGUUGAUCACAGUGGCGAUGCGAGAAAAUACGUAAAUAAAGGAAAUUUUACGAGAGUUCCGCUAUACAGAAUCGACAGAUACAAAAGGGAUUCUUCGGGAUUGCAUUCGUCGAAUGCAACCGAUCGUACAGUAGUUGAUUGUGGCGAUGCGAGAAAAAACGUAAAUAAAGGAAAUUUUACGAGAGUCCCGCUACACAGAAUCGACAGAUACAAAAGGGACUCUUCGGGAUUGCAUUCGUCGAAUGUAACCGAACGUACAGUGGUUGACGACGGCGACGUGAUUAAAGCAUCGAGAAACGUAAAUAAAGGAAAUUUUACGAGAGUUCCAUUGUACAGAAUCGACAGAUAUACAAGGGAUUUUUCGCAACCUUUAAGCCAAGCGAGCAGAACGAGAAGAAGAAGCCUCCCCGUUGACUAUUCUUACUCGCGAAGAAACGACAGUUACUACGCGGAACGGAAAGCCGUCAUGGAAAGAUAUUACGCACGGCAGCGUGAGAUAAACGCGCGUUACGCUAAUCGAACGAGCGGUAUACCGCGAACGGAGCACAACGACGUGUCGCAGCAUCGUCCGGCGACGAGCAACGCUACCCUGUUCAAUCUCGGGCGUGUAUACUCGACGGCGAGGGACAGCGUGACUUUCCGUUAUCCGUCUAUAAAGAUCGAUCCGAUAUACAGCAACGAGUCGCGAUACAACAAGAUACCGACCGAACUGGACAGUCGUCGAAACGUCGAAAUCCCGGAAACGGACCUCGGCUUCAAAUCCGACGCGGUGGAUUUGUCUCAGACGAGGAGCAGCGCUAACAUCGAGAGAAACGCGUUGGAUUAUUUCGUCACACCGACGCCAUGCACGAAUUUGUCCUCGUCUGGCACUUUCGCGCCGAAAACGAAACUGAAGCACGCUAAAAAUUGCACGGGGCAGAACAAUGAGGACUGCGAUCACGGUUCGACAGAUAACGAUAACAUCGAAGGCAACCUACGAUGGGGAAGAUGCGAAGGGAAAAUCGUGUAUCAGCACAACUUGCUCCUAGGAUUAACAGGUCCUUCGAAUCUUGACGCUCUGUUCGAGGUGAUCAUUCAGGGUCCCGUCUGCGUCACUUGCGUAGAGGCAUUGCGUUACAACGCAACCAGAGCGACGGUCACGUUGGAUUCCGGGGGACGCGGGCACGAAUACGCGAAGCUCAGGUUACAGGGUUACGAGAACGAAGGAUUUUCCUACAUAAUAAAGGUCUGGGGCAUCAAGAAAACUGGUCAGGUUUGCGAUAAUAUAAAUUAGUCGAAGUAACGUACGUAAAAAUAAGUAACCCAAGUAAUACACUAUGUCGCGCACGUAUAAAAAGUUUUUAAUAAAAAAUUGAGUUUUUAUAAAUA